GAGCAGCUACGCGCCAAGUUUGUGUUCUUGGCGGGUGCAGCGGGUCACGUGGCGGUCUCAAAAGUACCAGUCGGCGGGUGUCUGGGUCCCGGUGAGACCGGCAGCAAUUUAAGGCUAAAGCGUCGCCCGACACGUGGGGGCCCGCCGUAUUCCGGCAACUUUGAACCAGUGUGAUGGAGAAGGCUUCAGUCAACGGGGCCCACAAGGAUGUUGCCCUAUGGGCCUCCCAUGAUAAGAUGCUGGUGCAGCCACUCAAGGACAGCGACAUUGAGGUUUACAACAUCAUUAAGAAGGAGAGUAACCGGCAGAGGAUUGGAUUGGAGUUGAUUGCCUCAGAGAAUUUCGCCAGCCGAGCAGUAUUGGAGGCCCUGGGCUCUUGCCUAAAUAACAAAUACUCUGAGGGGUAUCCUGGGCAGAGGUAUUAUGGCGGGAAUGAGUUCGUUGAUGAACUGGAGAUACUAUGUCAGAAGCGAGCGCUGCAGGCCUACCAUCUGGACCCUAAGUGCUGGGGGGUCAAUGUCCAGCCAUACUCAGGUUCCCCUGCAAACUUCGCAGUAUACACUGCCCUGGUAGAGCCCCAUGGGCGUAUCAUGGGCCUGGACCUGCCUGAUGGGGGCCAUUUGACCCAUGGGUUCAUGACUGACAAGAAGAAAGUCUCAGCAACAUCCAUCUUCUUUGAAUCCAUGCCAUAUAAGGUGUACCCAGACUCUGGCUACAUCAACUAUGACCAGCUGGAGGAGAAUGCCCGCCUCUUCCACCCAAAGUUGAUCAUUGCAGGAACAAGCUGUUACUCCCGUAAUUUGGACUAUGAACGUUUGCGGAAGAUCGCUGACGAGUGUGGGGCCUAUCUCAUGGCAGACAUGGCACAUAUCAGUGGUCUAGUGGCAGCUGGUGUGGUGCCCUCGCCUUUUGAACACUGCCAUGUGGUGACCACCACAACACACAAGACCCUGAGAGGCUGCCGUGCCGGCAUGAUUUUCUACAGGAAAGGUGUGCGCAGUGUUGAUCCCAAGACUGGCAAAGAGAUUAUGUAUGAACUGGAAUCACUCAUUAACUCUGCAGUAUUCCCAGGCCUGCAAGGGGGUCCCCAUAACCAUGCUAUUGCUGGGGUUGCUGUGGCCCUGAAGCAAGCCAUGAGUGUGGAAUUCAAAGUCUAUCAGCUGCAGGUCGUAGCCAACUGCAGGGCUCUGUCUGAGACCCUCACAGAGCUGGGCUACAAAAUAGUCACAGGUGGUUCUGACAACCAUUUGAUCCUUGUGGAUCUCCGUUCCAAGGGUACAGAUGGUGGAAGGGCUGAGAAGGUGCUAGAAGCCUGUUCUAUUGCCUGCAACAAGAAUACUUGCCCAGGUGACAAAAGCGCCCUGCGGCCCAGUGGACUGCGACUGGGGACCCCAGCACUGACUUCUCGAGGACUUUUGGAAAAAGACUUCCAAAAGGUAGCACACUUUAUCCACAGAGGGAUAGAGCUGACUCUGGAGAUUCAGAAGGACAUGAACAUAAAGGCCACAUUGAAGGAGUUCAAGGAGAAACUGGAAGAGGAUGAGAAGUUCCAAAGCGCACUGCAGGAUCUCCGAAUGGAAGUAGAGAGAUUCGCUUCUGCCUUCCCACUGCCUGGAAUGUCAGAAGUCUGAAGGAGCCCGCCAGGGACUCUGUGAUACCAUGGCUGCCCCACAGGGGACCUACUAAGCCUCUUUGUGCCCUUUGAGGGCAUUUCUUUCAGACUGCUCUUACGUUUUUACACAUCAAAACUUAUAUAAGCCUCAUAGCAAUUCUGGGAUGGGUUAUUAAGGGAUUUAAAUGUGAACCUCACAUUUCCAACAGCUGUAUAUAAUUUUAAUUAUUCUGGAAAAAAUACUGGGUAGCCAUUUGGCCUUAGUCUUAUAGAUAGCAACACAGGGUGAAGAUACUAGAAUGAUUCUGGCAUUUCCCUUUCCUUGGUCUAAAUUAACUGGCUGUCCCUUGACAUGCUACCCAUUCUCCUAAUUUGUUGUCUGAUGGGAUGCCAGAGGACUGAAUUAUGACCAUUACAAUUGCACAUGAAAAUUCUGAAUCUUGUUCUAUGCACUUGAAAUCUAUAUUUGCAUAAAUGUGUAGGCAGUAGCCAGUACAGUAGGAAGGCUUCCCAUCAGCAACCCAAAGGAGAAUGGCUGGAGGUGUUACACCGAGUAGAAAACAUGCCUCGCAUAUGUGAGGCCCUGGGUUCACACAAAAUGCAGUAAUUUUCUCCAAUCUUCCCCUAAGGAUAUGUCUAGUUCCUUCCUGAUAUAGGAGUUAGAUGGAAACAGGGGCUUUCCUCUUCAACUCCCCACCCCCUAAAAAAUAUUUGGCAGCAGUCCAAAAUGUCACCUUCCAAAGAAUCUUUUAUUUUUCACAUAGCUGAAGUGCAAACCAUAGGUGACUGUUUUUAAUUAGCACAAUCAAAUAUUUAACCACAGAAUGUCUACAAGAAUUACAGCUUUAAAAAAUACAACUAAUUUUUAUAUUUCAAAAAUAUCUGAACUGAAAUAAAUUAAUUUCUUAAAAAGUA